AUGAUGCUCAGUUCUGCAGUGGCCGUAGUUAUAAUCGGGAUUUUGACCUUAUUUGUCACUUUCAUAAAGACACGAUGCAAUGCAGACAAGGAUGAUAAGCCACUCAAGCUUCCCCUCAUUGGUGAUUUGCAUAAUUCUCCAAUCAGCAAGCCAUUGUUGAAUUGGGACUCGUGGGCGCGCCAAAAUGGCCCUGUGGCCAUACCCAAACUUUUUGGGAUCAUACCAAUUGUCGUCCUAAACUCUUAUGACGCGGUGACUGAGCUGUUCAGUCGUCGUAGCCAGUGGUACAGCAACCGGCCGCCCUCAGUGAGCAUGGAGAUGAUAACGGGGGACAGACAAGGACAGUCGAAGUUCACCCUGAUGCACGAUUAUGAUGAGCACCUUAAGUUGCACCAUCGCAUUCUUUCACCUAGCCUUGGUGGCCUUGGUGCGCCACGAUAUCAGCCGCUUAUAGAGCUUGACUCCAAACAAUUGUUGUCUGAUCUUCUGAACCACGUUCAGGAAUCUCCCAAGGAGCUUGGCACUUAUUCCAUCUUCCCAUAUCUGGAACGAACCCAGUCGAGCAUCAUUCUGGCUCUGCACUAUGGUUUGCGCAUUCGCGACAUUGGUCAAAAGAUCCUGCACGAGGUUAUCGACAUGCAAACAAAAAUCACCCAUAUUGCGGCCAAUCCUGCUCUGCCAGACUUUAUUCCUUUCCUGCGCCACAUCCCAGCACCAAUAUCACCUUGGAAGCGAGCUGCCGACAAGCUCUAUGCGGCUCAAUCUGAACUUUACCUGCGUCUCCUCCACCAUGGGAAGAAUUCACCAGGGUGGAACUCGACAAAACAAGCGAUUGCCACGGCGAAAAAAUACAACGCCGAUGGGAUUCCAGAUCUUGAUCUCGCUUUCAACCUGGCCACGUCUGUUCAAGGAGGAAUGGAGACAUUCCCCAGACAGCUGCUGUGGCUGUUCACAGCAGCACUGCAUAGCCCGUCCUUCGUGACACGUGCUCAUCGAGUCCUUGAUGAGGUUGUUGGUCGGGAUCGGUUGCCAAGAUUCUCAGAUCGGACCGGACUCAAGUUCAUCGAUGCGAUUGCGCACGAGAUUUUGCGCUGGCGACCUGUUGCACCGGGAUCUAUCCCGCGCAGAGCUGAUAGAGAUGACGAGCUCAAUGGCAUAAAGAUAACAAAAGGCGUUACUAUAAUGGCCAACGCGUGGGCUAUCGGUCGUGAUGAGAGCGCUUUCGAUCCUGCAUUUGGAGAUCUUCAAAGCUUCACACCCGAGCGAUGGUUGCGGAUAGAUGACAACGGAGAGGAAAAGUUGAGAUCGGAGCUUCCGUUGCCAGUGUUUGGACAAGGACGGCGUAUGUGUCAAGGAAAGCGAGUGGCGACAGAUGGGCUAUUCAUGCAAAUCGCGUCCAUACUUUGGGCAUUUGAUAUUGAGCCCGCUGAAGGCGAAGUGGCCGAUCCAUGGGAAAUGAAAGUGGCGGGUUUCAUGAUUAUACCGAAGGAAGUAAAGCUCAAGCUUAAGCCGCGGGGCGAUUGGGUAUAUGGUGUUGUCAGUGGAGAGAGUAGGAUAGCAGAGGAGAGACUGGAGGAGCUCAUGGGAAUAGUCGCGGAUGUCGAGUGUGAAUGA